AACUCGUUAAUACCUAACUAUUGUCUACUAAUUAUUACUUAUAACAAUAUUACUAUCUAUAUUAUGUCUGUAUAUUAUGAUUAUUUUGUUAGUUAUAAUGUGAAGGUAUCUGUUUUUCAACGAAUUUAACGAACUCAUUAUUUGUUAAUACUUUUUGUAUACAUUGUACCCAAUUAAAUAGUUCAUCAACUGUGUCGUUUUUAGUUGUUGAAUAAUAUUUAAAUAAAUCCAAUACCAAGGUGUUACCUGUUCAAAACGUUUUAUUCAAAUAUUCUACAUGCCUAUGAAGUAUGAAUAGAAUGUUUUUAUUCUGAAGUUGGAGUCGGCGACUGAGAUAUGAACAUCGCAGUAGUUAAUUCCAUUGGUUUUUUUGAAUAGGAAUUUAACUUAUAUUUACAACAGUGGAUUUGUUUUCUACAAAAAUGCCUCAUCAUUACGGUCUAGAAAUUACUACACAGAUUCGGCCCGAAAAGAAGCUGACUAAAGAUGCUAUGGAAAGAUAUUUACUUGAUCGCAACGACUUGGUUUUAGUUAUCCUUCAUGCUAAAGUUGCUCAAAAGUCUUAUGGCACUGAAAAACGUUUUUUUUGUCCACCUCCAUGUGUCUAUCUUUUUGGCAAAGGUUGGAAGUUACGUCAACAACAGUUGCUUAGAGAAGGAGUGACUGAAACUAAUUCUCAAAUGAGUGCAUUCAUAGGUAUUGGUAGUGCAGAUCAAGAUUUGCAACCACUGGAUCUUAAUAAUAUUAAACAGUAUUGUGCUGCUAAAACUUUAUUUAUAUCUGAUUCUGAUAAGCGCAAGCACUUUAUGCUUAUGGUUAGAAUGUUCUACAACAAUGGAUACGACAUUGGAACCUUCCACAGUAAACGAAUCAAAGUAAUAUCUAAACCUUCAAAAAAAAAACAAUCCUUGAAAAACGCUGAUUUAUGUAUAGCUAGUGGUACAAAAGUAGCACUGUUCAAUAGGCUUAGAUCACAAACAGUGAGCACCCGAUAUUUACAUGUUGAAAAUGGAACCUUCCAUGCCAGUUCAACAGAGUGGGGAGCUUUUAUCAUUUACUUAUUGGAUGAUGAUGAAAGUGAAAGUGACAUGUUCAAUGUUCGAGAUGGUUACAUUCAUUAUGGCAGUACAGUAAAAUUGGUAUGCAGUGUUUCUGGAAUGGCUUUACCUCGACUAGUCAUCAGAAAAGUUGAUAAACAAACAGCAUUGCUAGAAGCUGAUGAUCCGGUGUCGCAAUUGCACAAAUGUGCUUUUUAUAUGAAAGACACUAAUCACAUGUAUUUAUGUUUAUCCCAAGAGCGUAUAACUAACUUCAAUGCCACACCAUGUCCAAAAGGGCCAAAUAAAGAAAUGAUCAACGAUGGAGCUUGUUGGACCAUCAUUAGUACAGACAAAGCGGAAUACCAAUUUUAUGAAGGAAUGGGACCCGUAAAUUCUCCUAUAACACCCGUACCAGUAGUGCAUGGACUUAACACUAAUGGUGGUGGUGAUGUGGCCAUGUUAGAAUUGAGUGGUGAAAAUUUUACACCACAUCUACAAGUAUGGUUUGGAAAUGUUGAGUCUGAAACUAUGUUUCGUUGCCAAGAGAGUAUGAUUGCAGUCGUACCAGAUAUCUCUUCAUUUAGAGGAGACUGGUCAUGGGUAAAACAGCUAACUCAAGUACCAGUUUCAUUAGUAAGAAAUGAUGGGAUUAUUUAUGCUACAGGAUUAACUUUUACAUAUACACCUGAGCCAGGUCCAAGAAACCGUGUAACACCAGCUGACAAAAUAAUGCGAACAUCUACUUCAAAAAAUAAUUUUUCACUAUCACAUAUCAUGAGUUGAUUAUAAAAAGGGUAUUUUUUUAAAUAGUAUUAUUUAUUUUACAGCCAACAGGGUAUAUGACUGAUAAUUGACUGAAUGAAACAACUAUACAAUGUUUUGACUUUUGAUAGUAAAGUAGUAAUAAUUAGUGGAGAUAUUUCAGGUAAAUAAUUUAUUUAAAACUGUUUAUCUAUAUCAAUUAUAACUUUAAUAAUGCUUUAAAAAUCAUUAUAGGUUGGGAAAAAAUAUGUUUGUUCUACAUUAAAUAAUCUGGUAUUGGACAGUUAUUAAAUGAUAAAUAAAAUUGUAUGUAGUUGGCCCUCAUUUAAUUGUUGAGUACUCAAAAUAUCUCUAAUAAAAUGCCUAUUGAGACAAAUAUAUAUAUUGAAAUUUCUUUAAAAAACUAUACAUAUGUAAUAAUAUUGCUCAAAUUUU